CUUGAUGUGAUCGCGCACGACGACCAUGUCCAGUGCAUCCUCUUCGCCCGACAUCUUCGCCGACAAUCCAUACGCGAACAACCCCAGUCUCACGCCUGCCGAGUCGGAAGUUCUGUGGGAGUAUGCGAAACUGGCACAACAUCUACGUAUGCUGAAAGUCAAGACGAGAUCUCUAACGGAACAACCGGACGCUUUACUGCUGGAACGCCUGCGGCAAGUUGAGAAGAAGAUGGGUCUGAUCUUGACACUGUUCAAGGCCUCUGUAUGGGGUGUAAUCAACGAACAGAACGUCGCUAACUCUGCCGACCUGACAAGCGACAGUUUGCGAUGACUUUUCCGAGCAAGCGUUUCAUUGUAGCGUUAAUACAUCUGUACUGUACUUUACACUUUCAUCCCUCCCAGACGGCCAGUCAAUGCCGACACAUUGUCAACCUCCCAAAUGACCAGAUUACCAUCCACACCGCUGGUGCUGACCUUGGUGACUUGCUCGCCACUGUAUUCGUACGGGCGAACGCUGGUGAUGGUGUUCUGAUGCACAGUUGCCAAUUUCGUGUCCUGAGAGCCGCUUCCAGUCUGGCCACGCGAGUCAGCGUCACGGAAGGUCGAGAACGCGGCCGAGUUGAGGCGGCCAACGCCUCCGGAGCGAGUGUUCGCAGCCUUCCCAGACGUAUUGUCGUCGAGACUGCCCACAUUCUGCCACCCGUCCUGCGAUCCAGAGAAAACCAGGGGCUGGCAGUCGUGACCCGCAGCGACGAUGCUGUUUUCUCCGGUCCAGGUCAGAGUCACCAGAGGGAGGGACGGCAUCCGGAUGCUGUACACAGCCGGUCCGCCCGGGUACGCGAUGCUAAUGGAGCUG